CAGAAGUGGAAGCCGUUCGCGGAAGUGUUCCGUUGAGGCUCUCCCUGUGGUUCGGGAUAAAGCAGCCCACAGGUCCUGACUCCCCAGGAGGAAGAGAAUCAUGUGAAGGAGGAAGAAGUUACAGGAUUUGGUAUCCGUAUUUCUGGGGACACACUUGAUUGAGGACUGAAAUCUCUGAACAAGAAUUCAGAGCAGGUCCAGAAGACACAAAGACAGAACCUCUGCACUGCCAGCUCUUUUCAGAGAAGAGGAGAAAAUGAUGGAGGCCCAGGAAUCCCUGACAUUUGAUGAUGUGGCUGUGGAGUUCACCUGGGAGGAGUGGCAGCUCCUGGCCCCUGCUCAGAAGGACCUGUACCGGGACGUGAUGUUGGAGAACUAUAGCAACCUGGUGUCAGUGGGUUAUCAAGCCAGCAAACCAGACUCACUCUCCAAGUUGGUGCAAGGAGAACCACCAUGGACAAUGGAAGAUGAAAUCCACUGUCGAACCCAUUCAGAAAUCUGGGAAGUUGAUGAUCUUGUGCCAGAACACUUACAAAAUGAAAGCCUGGAGAAUAGACUGGAACAAUGGCAUGAAUAUAAUGCAUUUGAAAACUCUGUUCAUCAGAACAGAACACAUUUUGUGUUAAGGCAAAAUCAUGACCUAUUUGACGUACAUGGAAAAAGUAUGAAAUCAGAUUUAACUUUACUUAACCAGAGCAGAAGCUGUGAAAUAAAGAGCCCUGCAGAGCUUACUGGAGAUGGGAAAUCCUUUCUCCAUGCUAACAAUGAAGAAUUUCAUACUGACACUAAAUUCCCUGAGAGCCAAAAACUCAUCAGCACUAAGUCCCAAUUCAUCAGACAUCAGAAAACUCAAAAAAUAGAGAAGCCUCAUGUAUGCAGUGAAUGUGGGAAAGCUUUUAUCAAGAAGUCCUGGCUCACUGAUCAUCAGAUCGUUCAUACAGGAGAGAAGCCUCAUCGAUGUAACCUAUGUGGGAAAGCAUUCUCCAGAAAGUUCAUGCUCACUGAACACCAGAGAACGCAUACAGGAGAAAAACCUUAUGAAUGCGCUGAAUGUGGCAAAGCCUUUCUCAAGAAAUCACGGCUCAAUAUACAUCAGAAAACACAUACAGGAGAGAAACCGUAUAUAUGUAGUGAAUGUGGGAAAGGAUUCAUCCAGAAGGGAAAUCUCAUUGUACAUCAGCGAAUUCAUACAGGUGAGAAACCUUAUAUAUGCAACGAAUGUGGAAAAGGCUUCAUCCAGAAGACAUGCCUCAUAGCACAUCAGAGAUUUCACACAGGAAAGACUCCCUUUGUGUGCAGUGAAUGUGGAAAAUCCUGUUCCCAGAAGUCAGGUCUCAUUAAACAUCAAAGAAUUCACACAGGGGAGAAACCCUUUGAAUGCAGUGACUGUAGGAAAGCCUUCACCACGAAGCAAAAGCUCAUUGUCCAUCAAAGAACUCAUACUGGAGAGAGACCCUAUAUUUGCAAUGAGUGUGGGAAAGCUUUUGCCUACAUGUCUUGUCUUGUUAAACAUAAGAGAAUACACACAAGAGAGAAACGUGGAGAUUCAGUCAAGGUGGAGAACCCUCCCUCAGAGAGUCACAGCUCAUCACAGACCAGUGUUGUCCUGCAGGAGAAAAACCUUGUUAAUUCAGUGACUAUGCAGGUGCCUUCUCUGCCUCCUCAGACAUCCUUAAACAUCAGUGGGCUUCUAGCAGACAGGAAUGUGGUCAUUGUGGGACAGCCUGUGGCCAGAUGUGCACCCUCUGGAGGGUUUGCACAGGAGAGAAACCAUAUGAAUGCAGUGAAUGUGGUUGUGCCUUCAGUGGUCAAUUAUGUCUUAUUUUAUGUCACAGAAAACCAGUCACCCCACUUAAACUUCACAGAUAAAGGCUACCUCCGCCACAUUCAGAACCUUAGGCUUUAUUGGACUGAGAUUUCUGAACAGGAAUUCAGAGCAGAUCCGGAAGACAAAGACAGAGCCUCUGCACUGCCAGCUGUUUUCAGAGAAGAGGAGAAAAUGAUCGAGGCCCAGGAACCCCUGACAUUUGACGAUGUGGCUGUGGACUUCACCAGGGAGGAGUGGCAGCUCCUGGCCCCUGCUCAGAAGGACCUGUACCGGGACGUGAUGUUGGAGAACUAUAGCAACCUGGUGUCAGUGGGUUAUCAAGCCAGCAAACCAAACGCACUCUCCAGGUUGGUGCAAGGAGAACCACCAUGGACAAUGGAAGAUGAAAUCCACUGUCGAACCCAUUCAGAAAUCUGGAAACUUGACGAUCAUGUGCCAGAACACUUACAAAAAGAAAGUAUGGAGGAUAGACUGGAACAAUGGCAUGAUCGUGACACAUUUGAAAAUUCUCUUCAUAAGAGCAGAACUCAUUUGGUGUUAAGGCAAAAUCAUGACCUAGUUGACGUACAUGGAAAAAGUAUGAAAUCAAAUUUAACUUUACUUAACCAGAGCAGAAGCUAUGAAACAAAGAGCUCUGCGGAGCUUACUGGAGAUGGGAAAUCCUUUCUCCAUGCUAACAAUGAACAAUUUCAUACUGACACUAAAUUCCCUGAGAGCCAAAAACUCGUCAGCACUAAGUCCCAAUUCAUUAAGCAUCAGAAAACUCAAAAAAUAAAGAAACCUCAUGUAUGCAGUGAAUGUGGGAAAGCUUUUAUCAAGAAGUCUUGGCUUACUGAUCACCAGAAUCUUCAUACAGGAGAGAAACCCCAUCAAUGUAGUCUGUGUGGGAAAGCAUUCUCCAGAAGGUUCAUGCUCACUGAACACCAGAGAACGCAUACAGGAGAAAAACCUUAUGAAUGCACUGAAUGUGGCAAAGCCUUUCUCAAGAAAUCACGGCUCAAUAUACAUCAGAAAACUCACACAGGAGAGAAACCCUUUAUAUGCAGUGAAUGUGGGAAAGGAUUUAUCCAGAAGGGAAAUCUCAUGGUACAUCUCCGGAUUCAUACAGGUGAGAAACCUUAUAAAUGCAAUGAAUGUGGAAAAGGAUUCAGCCAGAAGACAUGCCUCAUAGCACAUCAGAGAUUUCACACAGGAAAGACUCCCUUUGUGUGCAGUGAAUGUGGAAAAUCCUGUUCCCAGAAGACAGGUCUCAUUAAACAUCAAAGAAUUCACACAGGGGAGAAACCCUUUGAAUGCAGUGACUGUGGGAAAGCCUUUAUCGGGAAGUCACAGCUUGUUAUACAUCAGAGAACUCAUACAGGAGAGAAGCCCUAUGGAUGCGGUGAAUGUGGGAAAUCAUUCAGAGGGAAGUCAGUCCUCAAUAAACAUCAGAAAAUUCAUUCAGUCAAGGUGGAGAAUCCUUCCUCUGAGAGUCACAGGGUAUCACAGACCAGUGUUGUCCUGCAGGAGAAAAACUUUGUUAAUAUGGUGACUAUGCAAGUGCCUUCUGUGGUCCCUCAGACAUCAUUAAACAUCAGUGGGCUCCUAGCAGACAGGAAUGUAGUCAUAAUGGGACACCCUGUGGCCAGAUGUGCACCGUCAGGAGGGUUUGCACAGGAGAGAGCCCUUAUGAAUGCAGUGAAUGUGCUUGUGCCUUCAGUGAUCAAUUACGUCUUAUUUUAUGUCAUGGAAAACCAGUAGGAAAAAACUCAGAGACAUCUGGUGUAGAAAAAGGUUGAGCAAAAAUUUCUAGCUCAUAUUAUGGCUAAAACAUAUCUACUGAGAGAAACUGUAUAAAUGCUGAGACUAAGAACACCUGACAUCCUCAUCCUCUCCAAUAAAUGCAUUCAUACAGAGGCAUAAUCUGAUGCUAACCCAAACACAUAUCCAUCAAUCGCUCUAUUGUGUCAGUUCAACUAAGUGGAGGAAAUAAGUGAAUUCUUAAAACAUAUAAUUUAUAUCUAGAAUGUUGCUAUGAAUGAAAAACCAGCAAAGGGCUAAUAUUGGAUGGUGGGAUAUAAGGCAUGUAUAUAUUAAUUCAUUUUCCCCAGGCAAAAGUGAAGCAUUAAUUGAAAACUAGGCUGGCCACCAUAAACUCUUAGAAGUUUAUAUUAUGCAGAGGGACUUAUGAAACAACAGCCUUAGAUUGACUCAAUCAUUCAUUUACCGAGUUUUUGUCAAUUACUUCCUUUGUACCUGGUUGUGUGCUGGGAGCUAAGGAUAGAGUGGUGAUCAAAACAGAAAAAGCCUAUGGUCUCCUAGAGAGAGCACUGAGGUAGUCAGAUUAUCAUUGAGUGCUAUCACUACACUGCAACUAAUCUAGUGAGAGGAUAGUAAUAUCUGUAUUAAGUGAAAUGGACAUGGAGUAAUUGGUUCAAAGGAAUAUGACAGUUUAUUAUUGAAGGAGCAUAUUAUUUGGGACGAUUCGAGAAGGACUCUUCCUAAUGGUAGUUAAUCACCAUAGAACACAAGUUAUUUUUUUUU